CUUCUUUAAUGACACUUGUCACCUCUACUUCUAGCCUCCAUGUCUUUUUACUUCAUAUUUACCAUCUCUUUAUUCCUUCCUAAUGCUUUCUGGGGCUGGUAUUCAACAUAAUCUUCUAGUUCAAUAAUUAGCUCUUCAUUUGUAUCCACUGUGCAUUCAGUUUACUUAUUAAAUUUUUCAUUUCAGCUAUUUAGUUUUCAAUAAUAUUUCCAUGUGACUUUUCCUUAAGACUGCAGUUACUAAAAUCUUUUCAGCUCUUUUAUAUUUACAACUUAUAUUCAUAGUUGUAAAAAAGUUUUGAAUUAACUAUAAAACUCAAAGGCUUUAAAGCAUUUGAUGAAAUACAGUAUCUAUUUGUGAUAAAAAUUCAGCAAGCUAGGAAUAAAAGAAUUUUUAAAAUGAGAAAGGGCAUCUACAAUUACAAAGCUGCAGCGAACAUCACACUGUGAUAUUGUUUCUAUUCUAUUAGUCACAUGUAGUCUAUAGGUACAGAGGUCAGACGUCCAAAAUAGGUCUGACUAGGCUAAAAUUAUGUCAGCAGGACUGAGUUCCCUCUGGAGACUCUAGGGAAGAAAUCUGUUUCUUUUUCCCAGCUUCAAAAAGCCACCUGCAGCAUUUGCCUCGUGGUCACGUUACUGACUUCUGUUUUCAUCCCAGCUCCUUCACAGAACCUCCUGUCUCCCUCCUCUAAGGCCCCUUGUGAUAACAUUUGACCACUCUGAUAAUCCAGGAUAAUCUCCUUAUCUUAAAAUCCUUAAUUUAAUCACAUUUGUAAAGUCUCUUUUGCUGUGUAAGGUAAUAUUCACAGAUACCAAAGAUUAGGACAUGAACAUUGCUGUGGUUUGAAUGUGUCCCCCAAAUUUCACGUGUUGGAAACUUAAUCCCCAAAUUUAUAUGUUUAUGGUAUUUGGAGGUGGGGCCUUUGGGAGGUAAUUAAGAUUAAAGUCAUCAGGGUGGGGCUCCCAUGAUGGGACUGUGGCUUUAUAAGAAGAGGAAGAGACACCUGAGCCGGCUGGCCCUUGCCCUCCCUCCAUGGGAUGCCCUCCACCAUGUUAUGAUGCAGUAGAAGGCCUUCACCAGAUGUAGCCCCUCUACCUUUGACUUCCCAGCCUCCAAAACGGUAAGAAAUAAAUUUCUUUUCUUUAUAAAUUACCCAGGCUGUGGAAGUCCUUUAUACCAACAUAAAAUUGACUAAGACAGACAUCUUUGGGGGCCAUUUUUCUACCACAUUCAUCCUCCUACAUUCACUUCCCACAACUUUCCUUUCCAUGACUUUUACAAUCUAAGCCAAACCUAUUCAGCAUUUUCUGUGUGUACCACACUUCCUCACACCUUUACAACUGCCAAUCCUUCCUUUGGAAAGGUGCUUGGCCCUCCUGGUUUUCUACCUGUGGAACUCUAAGAGACAGAACAGAAUAGUGGGUAAGAGGCCUAACUCUGGAGUCAGACAGCUUGGGCUCAAAUAUGAGUCUGCCACUUACUAGGGAUUUUUGGUAAAUUGUUUUGUUUUGUUUUAACCUAGAUCUAAAUACCAGAUUGUAACAAAUACAAGAAAUAGAAAAACCAGGGAAACUGCACCACAAGGAAACAAUUACACAGAUCCAGAAUGUGGAACGUUCCACAGGCAAAAAUGACCUGGUUUGAUGAACAGAUGUUAAAAAAGGUGGCAGGAGUGUGUGUGGGGAGGGUGUCUAUGUAGGUAGAGGUUGGGGGGUUGUUUAAAGAAAACUAAAAGAGACAAUAACAAAAUGUGGCUGGGUGCAGUGGCUCACACUUGUAAUCCCAGCACUUUGGGAGGCUGAGGUGGCCAGAUCAUCUGAGGCCGUGAGUUCGAGACCAGCCUGACCAAUAUGGAGAAACCCCGUCUCUACUAAAAAUAUAAAAUUAGCCGGGUAUGGUGGAGGGCACCUGUAAUCCCAGCUACUUGGGAGGCUAAGGCAGGAGAAUUGCUUGAACACAGGAGGCGGAGGUUGCAGUGAGCAGAGAUCGCGCCAUUGCACUCCAGCUUGGGCAACAAGAGUGAAAUUCCAUCUCAAAAAAAAAAAAGAGACAAUAACAAAAUGCAAGAUGUAGGCCCAAGUUUGAAAGCAGAGUUAAACAAACUAACUAUAAAAAGCUUUGGUGAGGCAGUCAGGGAAAUGUGAGUCUAAAAGAGCUAUCAACGAGUAUUAAGGAUGUCUAAGUGUAAGAAUGACAUGGUUAUGUAUUUUUAAAAAAUUUUCCUGAGAUGCACACCAUAAACACAGAGAUACACUGAAAAGUUUUAUUUAGGAGUGAACUGACAUAUCUGAGAUCUCUUCAGUAAUAUUCUAGAAAAAAAAGUUAGAGGGGAACAGAUGAAACAUGAUUGGCAAACGGUAUUUGCUGAAGCUAAAUGACUGGAACAAGUUGAGUAUCCCUUACCCAAAACACUUGGGACCAGAAGUGUUUCAGGGUUUUUUGGAAUUUGGAAUAUUGGCAUUUUGUUCACCAGUUCAGUAUCUCUAAUAAGAAAAUCUGAAGUGCUCCAAUGAGCAUAUCCUUUGAGCUCGUGUCAGUAUUGUUCAACGUUUUGGACUUCUGGAGCAUUUCAGAUUUUCAGAUUAAGGAUGCAUAACCUGUACGUGGGAGUUGAUUCUAUUGUUCCAUGUGUUUGAACUUUUCACAAUGCAGAUGCUCCUUGACUUACAAUGGUUCAACUUACAAUUUUUUUGACUUGUCAGGAUGUAAUCCCAUUGUAAAUUAAGGAGCGGCUGUACAUUUAUUUAAAAAUAUAUCUGCUAGGAAGUUUUCUUUCCCCCAGGUUCUGCCAGAAAGUAAUUUCCUUGUCCAUUUUCCUUAACAGUUUAUUCACAUUUUUGCCAUCAUAGUAAUUAUUAUAUCUAAUUAUUUACUCUUAUUACACUGUGCCUAAAAUUUACUUCUUAUUGUGUGCCUAUGUGCAAGGAACUCUGCUAUGUGCUAGGCCCUGCACAUAGUGGUGAACAAGACAGACAUGGCCUCUACACUAGCUUCACAGAGAGUUUUUUUUUUUUUUUUUUGAGACGGAGUCUCGCUCUGUCGCCCAGGCUGGAGUGCAGUGGCACGGUCUUGGCUCACUAACAGAGAGUAUUUUAUAGCGCAGAUAGGGAGACAACCACCACCUAAGCAAACAUGCAAUUGCGACAGUGGGAUGGAAGCCCACUGGAGUCGGUGGCAAGGGCAUAAUGGGGAAAUUGAAGAACUUUCUCUAGAGAAGUUGAUUAAGGAAGGCCUUUCAGAAGAUGAAAUCCUUAAUCUGAGACCUGAAGGAUUCUAUCAUGUAUGAACGAAUGUUUGUGUCUGCUCCUAGCCACCAAAUCAUGUCUGGAAAUUCCAGGCCGGGUGCUGUAGCUCACGCCUGUAAUUCUGUUACAGGAAAGGGGUCCAAUCCAGAUCCCAAGAAUAAUUCUUGGAUCUCAUGCAAGAAAGAAUUCAGGGUGAGUCCACUGUGCAAAAUGAAAGUAAGUUUAUUAAGUAAGUAAAGGACUAAAAGGAUGGCUACUCCAUAGACAGAACAGCCGAGGGUUGCUGGUUGCCCAUUUUUAUAGUUAUUUUUUGCUUAUAUGCUAAACAAGGGGUGGAUUACUCAUACCUCCUCUUUUUAGACCAUGUAGGGUAACUUCCUGAUGUUGCCAUUGCAUUUGUAAACCGUCAUGGCGCUGGUGGGAGUGUAACAGUGCGGACCAAAAAGUCACUCUCUUCGCCAUUUUGGUUUUGGUGGGUUUUGGCUGGCUCCUUUACUGCAACCUGUUUCAUCAGCAAGGUCUUUAUGACCUGUAUUUUGUGCUGUGACUUAGAAUGCCUUAACUGUCUGGGAAUGCAGCCCAGUAGGUUUUAGGCUCAUCUUACCCAGCUCCUGUUUAAGAUGAAGAUGCUCUGGUUCACUUGUCUCUGACAAUCCCAGCACUUUCGGAGGCCAAGGCGGGCAGAUCACUUGAGGUCAGGAGUUUGAGACCAGCCUGGCCAAAAUGAUGAAAACCCGUCUCUACUAAAAAUACAAAAACUAGCUGGGCCUGUAAUCCCACCUGCGUAAUCCCAGCCGCUCUGGAGGCUGAGGCAGAAUGGCUUGAACCUGGGAGGGGGAGGUCGCAGUGAGCCGAGAUCACACCACUGCACUCCAGUCUGAGCAACAGAGUGAGACUGUCUUCCAAAAAAAAAAAAAGGCGGGGGGGGGGGCGGGGGGAUUCCAAACAUCCUCUUCCCCCAAGUGAUUGUAUUAGGAAGUUAGGAGGUGGGGCCUUUGGGAGGUAAUCAAGAUUAGAUGGUCAUGAGGGUGGGGCCCUCACCAUGGAGAUUAUAAAUGUCCUUAGCCGGCCUGUCUCACUUGUUCAGAAACCAGAGAAGUCCGUGGUCUGCAAUGUGGAAAAGAGCACCCGGACCUCUCACUUCCAGCCUCUAGUCUGGAGACUUUGUCUAAGGCACCCCAUCUACAUUACUUAGUCACAGCCACCCUGAACCCACUUGCCUGUACUGCGCUGGAGCAUUUCGCAUAAAAUGAAAUUAACAUAAAAAUGACACGUGCUCGUUGUGGAAAAAAUACCAAAAAGAUCACUUUUAAUUCUGUCAUCUAAAAAUAACCACCACUUACAUUUAUAAAUUUCUUCCAGUAGCUUUUUUAUAUGAACAUGUGUUUUUAAACUUGGGUCAAUAUUAAAAGACCAGAAGUAGCCGAACAUCAUUUUAAAUCCCCUUAUCCAGGAAUUAGCAUUGUUAUUCUUGGCCGCUGCAGAAUAUUAUUUUAUCCCCUCAAGCUUUCCAUGGCUUGGGUCUGCCCUGGUUUUGAACAUUAGGUUAGGCUGCAGAAAGCAUCCUGGGUCUCUGGCCCACUUGUUUAUUUCUUUGUGGAGACGGGGUCUGCCUCUGUUGCUUAAGCCUGUCUGGAACUCCUAGGUUCAAGCGACACUCCACCUCGGCCUCCCGAGUGGCUGGGACCACCGACGCCCACCGCCACCAAGCCGGCUCCGGGCCUCUCUCUACACGUGGCUCCGCAGGCUCCAUUCUCCACACAGGCGUCUGGGAGGCGCCAGGAGCCACCCGACGGGCCAGGCCAGAAGCUCAGCAAGUGCGCGAGGCGGCGGAACGGCCGGCUGCGCAGGACAGCCCGGGACACAGCCACGCCGGGCGCCCAGAGCUCCCCUCACCCAGCAGACCGCGCAGCCGCCCUCCCCCUCACACUGCAGAACCUUUCUGCCUUUUACUACUUUCCAAAGUGGACCUAGGCUCCUGGCUCGAGCCUGAGGGGAUACAAAGUGUCACGAGGAGCGCCAUCACCGCACAAGGUGGACAGCUUCCGCUCAAAGCCCUGUGGCCCACGCUUCUGGCCUCGACCGACUACGUCAUCACCAAACCCCGUGAUACCUCACUCCACCUUCAGGUCCUCCGCCCCAACGGUUCCGUGUCCUGGAACUUUCCACGUUCCUGCGCACGCGCUCUGCGGCCCUUAACGUCCCGACUUCGCCCUCCUCUGGCCACGCCCCUGCCCGUUAAGGGUGCUGCCACCCCCGUGCCGUACCUAUCUUCCCUCGGGCAACCUCGCAACAGAUCUCUGAUUGGCUGACCCGGGAAGCCGACUUCGCGAGGCGGCGGCGACGAUAGGCUGGCAGCCGGCCGACUUCCGCAGAAGGUGAUUGGUCGGUGCUGCUGUCCAAUCGGCGGCGGGCUGUCGGAUUCAAAUUGGGAUUGUUGGGACUGCGGUCGUUAGUCUCUGGCGAGUCGUUGCCGUGGCUGGACGUGUUCUUGUCUGCUGCGCCCGCUCUUCGCGCUCUCUGGUUUCAUUUUCUGCAGCGCGCCAGCAGGAUGGCCCACAAGCAGAUCUACUACUCGGACAAGUACUUCGACGAACACUACGAGUACCGGCAUGUUAUGUUACCCAGAGAACUUUCCAAACAAGUACCUAAAACUCAUCUGAUGUCUGAAGAGGAGUGGAGGAGACUUGGUGUCCAACAGAGUCUAGGCUGGGUUCAUUACAUGAUUCAUGAGCCAGAACCACAUAUUCUUCUGUUUAGACGACCUCUUCCAAAAGAUCAACAAAAAUGAAGUUUAUCUGGGGAUCGUCAAAUCUUUUUCAAAUUUAAUGUAUAUGUGUAUAUAAGGUAGUAUUCAGUGAAUACUUGAGAAAUGUACAAAUCUUUCAUCCAUAUCUGUGCAUAAGCUGUAUUCUUCACAGCAACAGAGCUCAGUUAAAUGCAACUGCAAGUAGGUUACUGUAAGAUGUUUAAGAUAAAAGUUCUUCCAGUCAGUUUUUCUCUUAAGUGCCUGUUUGAGUUUACUCAAACAGUUUACUUUUGUUCAAUAAAGUUUGUAUGUUGCAUUUA